AAAACCCCUCGGCGGCCGGCCUCAUCGAAAUCAAACCCACCACCUUCCUUCCGCUUCUCCCCCACCUGCAACACAGCACAAUCCUCCGCCUCCGAUUCCAGCGCGCGCCCUUCGCUCUGCCUCUCGACCUCGGAUCCCAUCCCGCCACCCCGACCGAGGACAAUGGGCGCAUCUGUGACUGCUGGUAUGCAAAUGGUGUCUGCGCGCCCUUGCAUCCUAGCCUGCAAACAAAUGCUUGGGUCGACAUCAGCACUAUCUGUAUUUGGAAGUGCAAUUAGUACCAGAACUGGCUUUGCAAGCUGUGUUAGAACCACAUCACCAGGACCCCUUAUUUCUUCAUUUCAUAAGAGGGUUGUCGUGAGGGCAAUGUCACAGAGAGGUGCCCAAGGGCUUCCCAUUGAUCUCAGAGGUAAAAGAGCAUUUAUUGCUGGAGUUGCUGAUGAUAAGGGUUAUGGUUGGGCAAUUGCUAAGGCUCUUGCUGCAGCUGGUGCUGAGAUUCUUGUUGGUACAUGGGUGCCUGCAUUGAACAUAUUUGAGACAAGCUUGAGACGUGGAAAGUUUGACGAAUCACGGAAGCUGCCUGAUGGAUCUCUCAUGGAGAUCGCUAAAGUAUAUCCACUGGAUGCAGUUUAUGACACCCCAGAAGAUGUUCCUGAAGAUGUUAAAGCAAACAAGAGAUAUGCUGGAUCUUCAAACUGGACUGUUAAGGAAGUUGCUGAAACUGUGAAGAAUGAUUUUGGCAGCAUUGACAUCCUUGUGCACUCUCUCGCCAAUGGUCCUGAGGUAACAAAGCCUCUGCUGGAGACAUCAAGAAGAGGGUACCUUGCUGCAAUUUCAGCAUCUAGUUACUCUUUUGUUUCUCUACUUCAACACUUCCUUCCCAUAAUGAAUCCAGGUGGUGCUAGUAUCUCUUUGACAUACAUAGCUUCUGAACGGAUAAUUCCUGGCUAUGGUGGUGGUAUGAGUUCAGCAAAAGCAGCACUUGAGAGUGAUACAAGAGUUCUUGCUUAUGAAGCAGGUCGAAAAGGCAAAAUCAGAGUGAACACCAUAUCAGCAGGCCCACUGGGAAGCCGAGCAGCGAAAGCUAUUGGCUUCAUCGAGAAGAUGAUAGAGUACUCUUACGUCAAUGCACCGCUGCAGAAGGAACUAUUGGCAGAUGAAGUGGGGAACACAGCAGCGUUCUUAGUGUCUCCGUUGGCUUCUGCAAUCACUGGCUCAACUGUUUAUGUCGACAAUGGGCUCAAUACAAUGGGACUCGCACUUGACAGCACUACUUUAUCCACAUAAGCAUUGCUGCUGGAUGUGAAGGUCCAAGCAAGGCUGUCAACUUUUGAAUUUGGAACCAGAGUUCUAGGAUGAAUUUGAAGUAGGAUGGUAGCUUUUGCUGGACGUUGAGAUUUUGGUUUCAUUUAUUUUGACUAUCAGUUGCCAACAAGAAAUAGGGGAUUGUAGGGGUGUGCAGUCUAUUCAUAUAUGUGUUGUCAUGUUAGGCCUAAGCUCGGUAGAAGAAGGAAAAAGAUGUUUGCACUGGACA